AUGAGGCUGACCCUGCCUAACCCAGGUUUGGAAAACCGAAUCCGGAGCCAUGAGGCUCUGGAGAAACUGGAAGCGGAGGAGGCCGGAGACCGACCCAAGUGGGACAACAAAGCCCAGUACAUGCUGACCUGCGUGGGCUUCUGCGUGGGACUGGGAAACGUUUGGCGUUUUCCAUACCUCUGUCAGAGCCACGGGGGAGGUGCCUUCAUGAUUCCAUUCCUCAUUCUGCUGGUGUUUGAGGGCGUUCCACUUCUCCACCUGGAGUUUGCCAUUGGUCAGCGAAUCAGAGGGGGAAGUGUCGGGGUGUGGAGGUCCAUCAGCCCAUACAUGGUGGGGGUUGGUAUCGCCGCCAUGCUGGUGUCCCUCCUGGUGAGCUUGUACUAUAACAGCAUCAUUGCCUUGGUCAUGUGGUACUUCUUCAACUCCUUCCAGGAGCCUCUGCCGUGGAGCAAGUGUCCGGUCAACGCCAACAGGACAGGUUUGGUCGAUGAAUGUGCGAGGAGUUCCCCCGUGGAUUAUUUCUGGUACCGGGAGACCCUGAACAUGACCCCUACCAUUGAUGACACGGGGGGGCUGCAGUGGUGGAUGGUGCUGAGUCUGGUUUCUGCGUGGAUUGUCCUCUACAUCUCCUGCAUUCGUGGCAUCGAAACAACUGGGAAGGCGGUGUAUGUCACCUCCACACUGCCCUACCUGGUCCUCACCAUCUUCCUCAUUAGAGGACUCACUCUGAAAGGCUCUGUGGAUGGGAUUAAGUUUCUCUUCACUCCUGAUAUGAACGAGUUGGCGAAUCCAACGACCUGGUUGGAUGCAGGUGCUCAGGUGUUCUACUCGUUCUCUUUGGCAUUCGGAGGGCUCAUAUCUUUCUCCAGCUACAACUCUAUACAUAAUAACUGUGAGCAGGAUGCUGUGAUUAUCUCCGUCAUUAACGCAUUCACCUCCGUGUUUGCUGCCACCGUCAUAUAUUCCAUCAUAGGCUUCAGAGCCACAGAGAGAUUUGAUGACUGUUUGGAAGGAAACAUCCUGGCAUUAUUAAACACAUUUGAUCUCCCAGAGGGAAACAUUACCAGCAGUAACUAUGAGGAGGUUCUCCAGACUCUUAAUGCAACAAACUCUGAUGUCAUCGCCAGCUUAAACCUCAAAACAUGUGACCUCAAUACCUUCCUCAGUGAGGGUGUGGAAGGCACAGGCUUGGCUUUCAUCGUAUUCACUGAAGCGAUCACUAAGAUGCCUCUGUCUCCACUCUGGUCCGUCCUCUUCUUCAUCAUGCUCUUCUGCCUCGGCCUGUCCUCCAUGUUUGGGAACAUCGAAGGUGUCGUGGUGCCCCUACAGGACCUGAAUAUCUGCCCGAAGUCGUGGCCUAAAGAAGCCAUAUAUGGGAUUACCUGCCUGGUGUGCUGUCUGGUCGGCCUGAUUUUCGCCCAGGGCUCUGGGAAUUACUGGCUCGCUCUGUUUGACAACUUUGCCGGAUCCAUUCCUCUCCUCAUCAUUGCUUUCUGUGAGAUGUUUGGUGUGGCCUACGUUUAUGGCAUUGACAGGUUUAAUGAUGACUUGAAGUUUAUGAUUGGCCACAAACCCAACAUCUUCUGGCAAGCCACCUGGAGGUUCAUUAGUCCUGUCCUGAUGCUUGCCAUCUUUGUCUUCUACUUUGCCACCACUCUCACCAAAGAAAUUUUCUACAUCGCCUGGGACCCAGAGUCGGAAAACUUCCCUACACUGGAGGAGAAACCGUAUCCAUCAUGGAUCUAUGUCAUAAUCUUCAUCUUAGCUGGAAUUCCCAGUCUGGUUAUACCGAUCGGUGCCAUUGUCCAAGCCAUCCGCCUACGCUGCGGUAAAAAGGAAGAUGAAAAUUUACGAGUUGACGGACUGGACACCAUUUCAUAUAAACUUCACCUUCAAGAUGAAAAGUCACGGGUGUAA